AGAAAUAAUUUUAGGUGAAUUACCCUGGCUAUUUCGGCACUAUGAUGAGAUUGAUCAAAGUGAUUUGGUUUCCGAUUUUGAUAUUACUCCUGUUAGAGAAUGGAAGAGGGAUAACCUCAGCUUCCAAUUACUUGAUUGGGCUCGGAAGUUAUGACAUUACUGGGCCAGCUGCUGAUGUCAACAUGAUGGGAUAUGCUAACAUGGAACAGAUUGCAUCUGGGGUUCACUUCAGAUUGCGAGCUCGUACGUUCAUUGUGGCAGAGCCAAAUGGAAACCGAGUUGUAUUUGUAAAUCUUGAUGCUUGUAUGGCCUCACAACUUGUGACAAUAAAGGUCCUCGAAAGGUUGAAGGCAAGGUAUGGAAAUCUAUAUACAGAAAAAAAUGUUGCUAUCAGCGGAAUUCACACACAUGCUGGCCCUGGAGGUUAUCUUCAAUAUGUUGUAUAUAUUGUAACAUCUCUUGGCUUUGUGCGCCAAUCAUUUGAUGUCCUUGUUGAUGGCAUUGAGCAGAGUAUUAUACAAGCUCACAAUAGCCUUCAACCUGGAUCAAUAUAUGUGAACAAAGGGGAGCUUUUAGAUGCUGGGGUCAACCGCAGUCCGAGUGCUCAUCUCAAUAAUCUUGCAGCAGAACGCAGUAAAUACAAGUACGACGUUGAUAAAGAUAUGACCCUUUUGAAGUUUGUAGAUGAUGAAUGGGGUCCAGUAGGUAGCUUCAAUUGGUUUGCAACCCAUGGGACUUCUAUGAGCCGUACAAACUCAUUGAUAAGUGGGGACAACAAAGGAGCUGCUGCUCGUUUUAUGGAAGACUGGUUUGAUCAGGAUAGUGGUGAAGGGAUAUUUUCUGAUGAAUCUAAGGCUAGUGGAAUCCCUCGGAGAAUCUCAAACAUUAUUCCAUUUGUUCGCAAUAAUCAUCAUGAGCUGCGUGAACUUGCUGCUGCUUUCCAGUCUUCUUCAGGCAAAUCGGCAACCAGAUUUUUGAGCAUUGCAAAACGUGUAAGAAGUUCUCUAAGACGAGCUGAUAGGCCUAGAUUCAUUUCUGCAUUUUGCCAAGCCAAUUGUGGGGAUGUUAGCCCGAAUGUACUAGGGGCCUUCUGCAUAGAUACAGGGUUGCCUUGUGACUUCAAUCAUAGUACCUGUGGAGGGAAGAAUGAAUUAUGCUAUGGCCGAGGUCCUGGGUACCCAGAUGAAUUUGAAAGUACGCGUAUCAUUGGAGAGAGACAAUUCAAAAAGGCAGUGGAACUUUUCAAUAAUGCAUCAGAGCAAUUAGAGGGAAAAGUUGAUUAUCGCCAUACUUAUGUGGACUUCUCCAAGCUUCAGGUGACAAUUCCUAAACAGGGAGGAGAUACUGAGACUGUAAAAACAUGUCCUGCAGCGAUGGGGUUUGCAUUUGCUGCUGGUACAACUGAUGGACCUGGGGCUUUUGAUUUUAAGCAAGGAGAUGACAAGGGGAAUGCUUUUUGGAGACUGGUGCGUGACCUACUUAAAAAGCCAAAACAAGGACAAGUUGAUUGUCAACAUCCAAAGCCCAUUCUGCUUGAUACUGGUGAAAUGAAAGUGCCUUAUGACUGGGCUGUGAGUGAAGCAACUUACACUCUGAGGCAUUGUAUAGAUUUAAUAGCAUCGAAUUCAACACUUAAUUCUUGGGACAUAUGUCAUACAGAUAAUUCCAUUUUCCACUUUCUCUUUGAUAAAAUGUCUGUUCACUUCUACAUGUUUGGUUCUGUCAUGUUGUACUGGAUUGAGAGAAAUGUUGAUGGCUGCUCUAAAUUCAGCUUCAGCACUACUUGUCGCCACUACAUUCUGUUUCUUACUCCUCCAAGUUACCAAAUUUCCCCAGACAAAAGUACAGUAGCCAGUAGUAGAUCUUCUGUCUUCCUCGAUGCCAUAAGUUUGAGUAUAUCCUUUGGCAACCAGACGAGCUUUGUAGCGCUCUAUAGUCUUAUCAGCUUUGUAUUUCACAUUAAACACCCAUUUGCAUCCCACAGAUGGAAAGUACAUGACCGAGUUUGUUUCCUGAGAGCAAUAGGUAAAUCGUCUGGAGAUUCAUUGGAGGGGUUCUCAUUAGGUCCUAUCAUCGGUUCCGACUCUCUUGGCGCCUCAGGUGGAAAAUGUCAAAGUUUAAGAAUUCCCGAUCCAAAAACUGAUCUUCAUUUUGAUUCUCCCCCUGAAGAGAAGGAUGUUGGAACUAGGGCGUUCUUUCGAAGAAGGACUGAUUCUAGUGUUAAAGAUUCAGAGAUUUUAAUACUCCCUUUUCUUGCAAUCGAUGAGAGUGAGUCGUCUGCAAUUUUUACUUUAAUGUUUCCAGCACAGUCCACUGGUUUCCCGUGUAUAUCUCAACAAGUGUCUUCUUUCUGCCCCGAUUUGCGACAAUGUUCACACCAUGGCCGUCCUCGUUACUGUUUUUGGUUGGGUUGCUCGGCUAUCCCUUUAGAUGACAAGCCCAAUGCUCCUUGCCCAUUUUUAAUUGUUGGUCCAAAAUUUGUUUCACUUUCUGGCCCACCUUUAAUUUCAUUUCCAAGCCCCAAGAAUGCUGACCCAGUUCUAUUUAAACCUCCUGUUGCUGGGCCCAGAUUAGCCGACCCAUUAUCUUUCAAAUAUGGUAGCCCAAAAUAUGAUUUUAAGGUCGAUCUCUCAUUACUGUGUCCAAAAAUUUCAGAAUUUUCCUUCAUCAUGACCUACCGACGCGAUUCUUCUCGCCGGACUUCUGCGAACACCUCGCGAGUGGAAGGUAGUGGUCACCGGCCUAGAACCCUUCCCCUGACGUCGUCGAGUUCUCGAUUCAGCCCUGCUAGGAACUCAAACACUCUCGUUCUCGACCUUUUUCUUUAUUCAGUAACAUCCCUCGACCCUUGCUUAGUUUGCCACAAACGGGUUUUAAGUUCGAAAACCUGUGAUGCGUCCUCGGAGUCGGAAUAUGUUUCCUUCACGGCAUCCCACACGUCUUUGGCCGUUGGAAGGAACAGACUCACGGUAUCGGUCGGUCUUUUUGUAUCACCACAAGGGGAGGAUCGUUGGGUUCCAGCUUACGAUGACGAUGAUUUCUGCCUCCGCUUUAUAUGGUCAAGACCUUCUAAACUAAGUACUCGAAGUCAUGCAACCAUAGAAUGGAUUAUACCCGAAAAUGCUGCUUCAGGCGUAUACAGAAUAAGGCAUUUUGGAGCGGCAAAACAUCUUUUGGGGUCAAUUAAUCAUUUUACAGGCUCUUCUAGUGCUUUUGUUGUAGCAUGAGACUAAUAUGUUUAUCUAUAACCCUGAAUCAGUGUUAUCGCAUUACUGAUUAAUAUACAUUUAAGUUGUUUAAUGCUU